UGAGGCGACACCAGCUUUAGUCAAAGUUGGAAGACUUGAUAGCAGCGUAGUGUCGUCUGGAAUGAGACUGCCUACAAGAACGGCACGGUGGUAGAUUAGUUCCGAUAUUUUUGCCAGUCUGCAUGCGCGGUACAAAGGCGUCACGGCUGUCUGCUACUAUUGAAACAAGCGAGGAAAAUCGUGGCAUACCAUAUAUUACAUUACACGAUCCACACGCUCAAUUCCUCUCACGUGACGCGCAGAGUCUUGGCAGUCGACUCAGCGAGCCUACGGCCCACGACACCGAUUUGUUUCCCCAGCCAAACGACACCGUUUUGGCGUGCACCCUCGCUCACUCUUCGAAGAAUCCCGCCGCUUUCGUCGCUAGAACAGAUGGCUGCGUCGCAUCACCCAGCAGUGACAGCAAGUAUGCGACGGCCGUGCCCACUGCCGCAAUUAGCGGGGCAGAGUGUAUCGCGGAUAGUGCCUGUGCUAGUGCCAGUGGCGCUGCUGCUGUGGCUGUCGCUCUCUGCGUCGCACUGGCGAGGAUCGCUGGGCCAGCUCUACCGCUUCACGGACAUGCCCGACGACAGCCCUCGGAGGAGAUUAGAGCGCUUCCAGUCAAACGAGGCCGCAAUCCUGCAGUCCUUUCCUAGCGCCGCCAGACGCGCCGUCAACAGCGCCAAUGACAACAGCGCCGGCAACAGCGCCGACAACCGCGGCGGAAGCCGCCGAGAUUCCACUCGGGAGGAAGCUUCCGCCGGCUUCCCCUCCUCCGCCUUCCCCCGCGUGUUCGAGUCCGGGCAGGGCUCGUGCGGCUUCCCCGACGGCGUGUCCGCGGACGAGUGCGUGGGGGACCUGGCGGCGUUCCCCGCGCUGCGCGCGCGCAGCGGUUCCACCACCGUGCGGAAGCUGGCGUGCCUGGCGCACAACUACCUGCGCCCGUGGAUGGGCAUUCCGGGCGUCGCGGAGGGCAUGGGCGCGCGGGGAAUGAUAUCCGCGGAGAUUCUGCACCAAAUGGGGACCAUGGCCAAUAUCCUCUCGUGCUCCGGCCACAUCCGAAUAGUGCGCGGAAAGAUCUUCUUCCGCCUGGGGGCCUUCCAGUUCGACUGGUACCGCAUGCGCCGAUUCGUCUUCACCGUCAAGAUGAUCAAGGACGCUAUUAACGAGUACAAACUGUACAGCCUGAACGCGGAGCUGUUCUUGAACACGUGCGACCAGCCGACGAGCAAGGCAGACUCGGUCGCACGCGAGGACCGCGCGGGGCUGCCCGUGUUCAGCCCGCACGUCAUCCCCGGCUCCCUCGAUAUUCCCUACCCCGAUCCCGUCGAUCUGUCCAAGAGCUACUUCCGAGACGUCGAGGAUAAGGUCUCUUGGGAGCAAAAGCAGAGCCGGGCGGUGUUCCGGGGCGGCAUGACCAACUAUGCAAUCUCCAUGCACAUGCACUGGCGCUCCAGCCCGCGCUUCCGUGUGCACCGCAUGGCAGACGCCCGCCCGGACCUGCUGGACGCGCGUGUCAUGAGUGGCGUGGAGCCCAAGUGGCGCAAGGAGAUGGAGGAGGAUGGAGUGCGGUUGGGAGGGAGGUUGAACCCGGAGGAGCUGCAGGGGUUUAAGUAUGAGCUGGAUGUGGACGGGGGGACGGGGAGUGGCCGGACAUGCGGCAUCUUGGCCAGCAAUCAGGUGCUGAUACGGCAAGCCAGCGAGUACUACCAGUUCUUCGACCCGCUGCUGUGCCCCAUGACCCACUUCCUCCCCACGCACCGCCACUUCCAAAACCUCUACGAGCAAAUCGAGUGGGCGCGCACCAACGACCGCAAGGCGCGCGAGAUGGUUGCAUCGGCCAAUGAAUUUGCAAGCACACUGUGCACGUGGGAGGGCCGACGACUCUUCUGGGCCAUUCUCCUCGCCAAGUAUUCCACGAGCGCUCUGGAGGACAGCUCCAGUAUAGCAGCCCCGCCUCUCUACCCCUGCUCCACCCCCCCUACUCAAGCCGACGUUGAGAAGCCUAGCAAAGCCACCCGGCACUUGAGACAACAGAUGCCGGCCGUGUGGCCACCCUGGUGUGGCACAAAUGACGAGGCACCCAACCAGCCGGAGUGUACUUACUACUGUAUCGGGUAUUUGGACGAUGAGAGCAAGUGGAAGUGGUUAUCAGGGGAGCUCUUAGAGGGGAUAGAGGUGUUCAAACCUCACAAUGAGAGGGUGCGGUUCAGAGACGAGUGAGGGAACAGGAGGGAGGGAAGACGCAUGAGGGAACACGAGUGAGGGAGCGCAAGUGAGUAGAUCAACAGUGGGCUACAUGCCAGACUCAUUCCUUGCUUGAGGAAUGAGAAUGAAGGAAUAUAGGCAGGCCCGUGAGACUUUCAUGGGCCGCAUGCCAGUUGUGCUGUUCCGUCCGUCAGUGUACUGAUCGCCUUGGCAUUGUACAAAUAAACGAGGCUUCAGGCCUCUGUUGGUCAAGGAAGGAAGGACCUUUGCAACUGCUCAAAUCUAUUGCGAAACUCGAUUUAGGUCAUAGAAACAAUAUGUUUGAGGUGCCUUUUUGCCUCUACUGAAGCAGAGAAGCAGAUUCAUUCCGAAGGCUUAGUA